CAGCAUUCUUGUUUUGGGAUCGUUUAAGUUUGGGGAAAAGGAGAGUUGUGGGUUGUUUGGAAACGCAAGUUUGAAAAUUGACAUUUCUAAAAGAUAAUGAGUAGUGAUGUUUUACACGGGACUCCAGAGGUUAUCGAAAAAGGCACGGGAGGGUUUGCCGCGGAAGCAAGACAGCGUCAUCUUACCAAUUUUACGGGGCUUGGUCCUCCAGAUUUAGUAUGUAUCAGUAAACACUGGAGAGGUGUAGUUGGAAAAGGUGUCACCCAGGGAUACUUUCACUUUGUUCGAGGUAUAAAGGCAGAAAGUACUGCAAGUAUUUCUACUUAUUUAGGACGUUUGAUCAAGCACGGACUUGAAGGCGCUAGUUGGUACUCGGGAGGCGGCUACAAAAUAGUUUCUGCAGCUUGUCGUUCAUACAAUUCGUUCUCAAAGUGCGACAUCUUGGUCAAAGUUGACGUACCAGGAAGUGUUUCUUCCCUCGCUUUAUUUCCUGAUGGUCAUGAGGAGGAAACUAGUGAUUUAAUUUGGAAAGAAACCUUUGUUUGUUCAGUCUUAAGAGCUUCAGAAGGUGUAGGAGAGCACCCGUUGUAUCCAUGUCUAGUUGCCUUUCAACCACUUGACUCUGUAUCAGAUGAAAGAAGCUUCCUGACUGCUGCGAGUGAAAUCGUAUCUCGUUGGCCCCUUGUUGGUAGUGGUAGACCAGGACUCACAUUUGGUGAUAGUCCUAGUCAAGUGACUCCAGCAACUUGUCUUGUCGCAGAAGCUUUAUUCCGAUAUUUUGCUCAAGAUAGUCGCUUUGAACAAGCGCAAAAGUUCUUUGAAACUGAAGUUGGUGAGAAAGAUGUCGAACUAAAAUAUUUUGCCUGUAGAGCCUUGAAAGAUUCAGGAAACUUCUCAUCAGCUCGUUCUCUUAUUGAUACUGUGGUUCAAGAAUGUCCUAGUUUCUCUGCUGCACUUCUUAUGUCUUCUCAGCUAUAUUUGGAAACUGGUCAGUUGGAUGCAGCAUUUGUAGAAGCAAAGAAAGCUGUGGAAGUAAAUGAAAAGGAUACUUUGGCCUGGAUUCACUUGGCUAAUUUGUACGUAGAAAAAGGAGAUCUUGUAGAGUCUUUGAUUGCACUCAACUCGGCAAUUAUGGAGCCACCCACGUUAGACCCAUUUUUGAGAGAAUUGUUACCUGCAAGAAAGCGAAUGACAAAGCCUUUGCCCAAUACUUCUGGUGGCACAGACAUUAUUCGAGUAUUGGCGAAGCGACUACACGAAGAAAGAAUCGGCCCUGCGACUGGAGUUGAUGAGUCACUUGCUGAACUGUCAGCAACGCUAAUGACAGAUCCUGAAAAGCAAGCUUACCAAGUAUUGGUAAAGGCAUUGAAUAAGUUUGGCUGGGAUGAAAUAUUGAAUGCUCGUUCAGAUGCGUUUAUCAUGGAAGCGGAUAUUUCACAUCUUCCUGAAGGACAAGAAUCGUCAACUGAACAAAUACAUGAAACUGAUGUCGGGAAGAUGCAAGAAGCUGCUUCAUCUUCUCAAGAAAAUGCUGAGUCUUCUUCAGAUACAGCUGGAACUAAAAUUUCGAAAGGUCAACCUUCGCCUGGAAAAGACUUUACUUUAUCCGCCGAGACAAAUGGAACAGAUGGUCAGACAAAGAACGUUGCAACCGAAGAUAAUCAAGUUCAAGGAAAUGAUUCAUCCAGUGUAAAAGAAGAUAAAGUCAGAGAAGUCGGUGGAAGUAGCGAACAGCGCAUUUUGAAGAACAAACACGCAUCCCUGGAAGUUUAUUCAUCGAAAGGGCAUAAAAAGAAAAUGUGUACUCCUUGGUUAGAUUUCCUCGUGAAUAAUAUGUACGAAGACCUAAGAGCUUUAGCUAUUUGGCAAGCGGAAGAUGAACAAAUGGCUCAAAAUUUGCGCAGCACAAGUGGGACGUCUACAUCCCAUACGAGUUCCCAGCCUAAUCAAGCUUCUUCAUCUGGUACAAACAGUCAGAAUGAAACGCAAGCUUCGCAAAUGCAAAAUGACGCUUCAUAUAUCGCUCAAUCAUUAGAUGCCGACCAAAUUGCAAAACAAACUAAAAGGCCACCCGUUGAUUGGUUGCGACGUGGUGAACUUGCUCGUCGCAUUCAGCGAUCCAGCGAUGCAGAAAGAGCUUUCCGUAUAGCUAUUAUCCUUUCUUCCAAGAACUCUGGUGCUGAGAAGUCAGCGACUGUCAGUCCCUGGUUGUCUUUGUUGGAGAUGUAUGCUGAAGACGGAUUUGCUUCUGAGGCAUUAGUAGCAGCCGAUGCGGUUUGGAAUUUUAUGGACUCUCAUGCAGAUCGCAUUUCUACGAGUUCAUUUACCCCACCAGUGCCAGCGAUUCGUCGUGCAGUUUUCAAACUUGUUCAUAAACAUGGCUUACACAAGAUUCGAGAACAAGUAAUGGACAAAAGAAUUACUAUCAACCGACACAGGAUUCAGUCGGUUUUGUUAGAUGCGGUGGAAUGGAAGGUGUCUGGAUAUGAUCGCUAGUUGAAACAUUGUUGUUGUAAGAGAUCUUGAAUUUAUUUAAGAAUAAUAUCAAACUCUUCAUCUAAUUCUAUCCUCGGCUCAAGACUCUUUUAUAGCUGCGUUCAGUUCCAAAUUAUUCAUUCAGACAACAUUUGGGUGAUAGUAGAACAGAUAUGUAUGAACAAUUUCUGCUCCGUUCCCGUGAGUUUUUUUUUUUU